GGCAGCCCCUGCGGUCGGGCCGCGGACGGGCGCGAAGCGGAAGUGCGUGAGGCGAAGGUGGAGGCGCCUGGCCGCUGAGGAGGCCGCGGGCGGAGCGGGUCCGGUGAGAGUUCAAUCGCUUCUAAUAAAGCAGUAUUCAGAAACAUAGUUGAUGGGAGACUUACACAAGGUUUGCUUCCUGAUUUGAUAAUUGGCAAAGCUGAGACGGUGAAACCUGACUGUUGAAGGCUGCAGGGUGUGAACCUGCUUGAGCAGGGUGAUAUCUCAGCACACUCGGGAUCAGUGCUGAUAAUUUUGGAUGUGAGUCUAUGCUCCUUGGGAAGAUCUGCUGGACAGCUUACAGUCGGUUCUUCAGAAAAGACAAACCAAAAAACAAUUUUGAAAAUUCCUGGCAGUGUUUCCAGGAGCGCAUGCCCUCCAGAUGUGUGCAGUCACACUCAUCUGCUGGGAGAUGAGACCUGGAUCAGGAAGCAGGGAUCAACCCUUUCAAGGUAGAGGUGGAGCCAGUGCCAGGGGAAGGCAAUUCUGAGCUGUGAGCGGGAAGGAAGCGUGACCUUUGGCACAGCAGAUUGCUAACAGGGCUCCAUAGCACUGUGUAAAUGCUUCUUCUGCAGUCCCCGCUCAGGACAGGUACAACUGACAGGUGCUUGCAAAGAUGUCUAAAACUAACAAAUCAAAAUCUGGAUCCCGUUCUUCCCGUUCGAGGUCUGGAUCAAGGUCACGCUCACGCUCCUUCUCGAAAUCUCGCUCCCGUUCUCGUUCUGUCUCACGAUCAAGAAAACGCAGACUUAGUUCUAGGUCCCGUUCGAGAUCAUACUCUCCAUCUCAUAACAGAGAAAGGAACCAUCCGAGAGUCUAUCAGAACCGGGAUUUCAGAGGUCAUAAUAGAGGAUACAGGAGACCGUAUUAUUUUCGUGGCCGAAAUCGAGGGUUUUAUCCAUGGGGCCAGUAUAACCGAGGAGGAUAUGGGAAUUACAGGUCAAACUGGCAAAAUUAUCGCCAAGCGUAUAGCCCUCGCAGAGGGAGGUCACGCUCUCGUUCACCCAAGAGGAGGUCUCCUUCACCAAGGUCUAGAAGUCAUUCUAGAAAUUCUGAUAAGUCAUCUUCUGAUCGGUCAAGGAGGUCUUCCUCUUCCCGGUCUUCCUCAAAUCAUAGCCGAGUUGAGUCUUCCAAGCGUAAAUCUGGAAAGGAGAAAAAGUCAUCUUCCAAGGAUGCCCGCUCAUCUCAGGCUGCAGGAGAUAAUCAAGGGGAUGAGCCUAAGGAGCAGCCGUUUUCAGGAACAGUGGCUCAAGACGUCAAGGCAUCUGAGGGAUCAAAACCAUGGCAAGAUAUGACCACCUAUGGUACAAGUUCAGCGUCAAGAGCUUCUGUGUCUGAGCUUAGCCCAAGGGAACGCAGUCCUGCAUUAAAAAGCCCUCUCCAGUCAGUUGUGGUGAGGCGUCGUUCUCCUCGGCCAAGCCCAUUGCAAAAGUCGAGCCCUCCGCUGUCCAACCCAUCACAGAUGAGCUCGGCUUUACAAGGCAGCAGCACCUCCUUUCAGGCAGGCUCUCAUCAGAGUCCAUUUGACCAUGGCUCAGCAGGAUUGAGCCCAACAAGAAAGAGCCCUGUGUGCAAAAGUCCAACACCAAUCAGUUCGAUUUACGGUACAUCUCAGAAGGAGGAAACCACAGCUCCUGGAGGAGGAGCCUUCUCAAAAAGGUAUCUGGAAGAGCAGAAGACUGAGAAUGGGAAAGACAAAGAACAGAAAGUAACAAAUGUUGAAAAAGACAAAAAUAAAGAAAAAGGGAAUUUCUCUGAGUUGGGAUCGACAGAUGGAAAAGCAAAAUCUGACUCCUAUGCAUCCAAAGCCGACUCUGAGAAGGGAUACCGUGGCAGCCAGUCGCCCAAGCGCUACAAGUUCCGGGAUGACUUUGACAAGCUAAAGGUCCCGGAGUUCCACAAGGAGAGUCAUUAUGGCAAAGAGGAAACAGAUGAGCAGGAAAAGAAAGACAAGGCAAAGGGCCGAAAAGAUUCGGAAUUUGAUGAUGAGCCCAAAUUUAUGUCUAAAGUUGUAGCAACUUCAAGUAAAAGUCAAGAAGAGGAUAGGCCAGGAAAAUGGGAAGGUGUGGUGUUCUUGCCACCUGGAAAAGAGAAGCAAAGGAAACCUGAUGAAAUGGAGGAGGAAAGCUAUUCUGAAAGAUCAAAAAAAGAAGAGAGACCAGCAUCCAAGAGAGCUGAACCAGGUCACAGGGGGUUUGUUCCUGAAAAGAAUUUUAGAGUGACCACUUACAAAUCAAGCCAGGAAAAAAGUUCUUCCCCCCCACCAAGGAAGGCUUCUGAGGUAAAGGAGAAACCAGGCACCAAAGCAGAGGGGCUAGCUCCUGGCAAAUCCUCCUUUUCCAUUACUCGUGAGGCCCAGGUCAAUAUUCGAAUGGAUUCCUUUGAUGAAGAUCUUGCACGUCCAAGUGGCAUAUUGGCUCAGGAACGCAAGCUGUGUCGUGACCUUGUGCACAGCAACAAAAAAGAGCAAGAAUUUCGUUCGAUUUUCCAUCAUAUUCAGUCUGCUCAGUCUCAGCGAAGUCCUUCUGAACUGUUUGCUCAACAUAUAGUGACUAUAGUCCAUCAUGUAAGAGAGCAUCACUUUGGGUCUUCAGGAAUGACACUGAAUGAACGCUUUACCAAAUAUCUAAAGAAAGGAAUGGAACAAGAUGCAGCUAAAAACAAAAAGAGCCCUGAAAUCCACAGGAGGAUAGAUAUAUCUCCCAGUACUUUUAGAAAACAUGGAUUCUCUCAAGAGGAAACGAAAAGUUCCCGAGAUCCUGGCUUCAAGGCCGAAGGGAAAUAUAAGGACGACCCUGUUGACCUGCGCCUUGAUAUUGAACGCCGUAAAAAACAUAAGGAAAGAGAUCUUAAACGCGAUAAGUCCAGAGAAUCGGUGGAGUCAAGAGAUUCAAGUCACUCAAGGGAAAGAUCAACUGAGAAAACGGAGAAAAGUCACAAAGGCUCAAAGAAAAAGAAACACCGAAGGGUACGUGAGAGAUCCAGAUCCAGUUCGUCAUCUUCGCGGUCCUCUCAUUCAGUCAAAGCGGAGGAAUAUCCGGAGGAGACUGAGGAGAGGGAGGAAAGCUCCACAGGCUUUGACAAGUCCCGACUUGGGACUAAAGAAUUCACUGGUCCAAAUGAGAGAGGAAGAGCUAGAGGGACCUUUCAGUUCAGAGCAAGAGGGAGAGGAUGGGGCAGAGGCAACUUUUCAGGCAACAAUAACAGCAACAGCGGUGGCAACAACGACUUCCAGAAGCGAAACAGAGAUGAGGAGUGGGAUCCAGAGUACACACCUAAGAGCAAGAAGUACUACUUGCACGAUGACCGGGAGGGCGAAGGUGCGGACAAGUGGGUGAACAGAGGCCGCGGCCGGGGUGCUUUCCCCCGAGGAAGAGGUCGCUUCAUGUUCCGGAAGUCAAGCACCAGCCCCAAGUGGGCUCAUGACAAAUUCAGCGGAGAAGAAGGAGAAAUCGAAGAUGACGAAAGCGGAACAGAAAACAGAGAGGAGAAGGACACCUUACAGGCGACGGCUGAAUAGCGGCGGUGCCUGCGCCUUUCCGAGAGCCCUGGCGGGAGGGAAGGGGUUCAGCACACGCCGGUGCUGGAGGUUGUCAGGGCGAUCCUGAAGUGCUGAGCAGAGCUCGGAGAGGAGCUCUGAAACAAUCCCGAAGUUAACUGCGGUUCCAGAGUUCGGCCUCCCUAAGUCUGGACUAGAACUGAUUAAGUCAUUUAUGCUCGGAUCCACUCGUGGAGUAUAUCUUCCCAAAGACUUACCUUCUGGACUGGAUAAGGUCAAGUGCUGGGUGAGAUCCUAGAUUAUCUCUCGUCUGUGACCUUAUUGAAUGGUCAGUUAUUUUUUUGGUAACAGGCUUUGAAGACAAUGUGGAUUUCAGUUUGUGCCCAUCUUAACCCAGUAGUCUUGACACUUUUGUUUCUUUUAUAAUUUGAAAUAGUAAAGGUCGGGAUUAACUCGCCAGUUCAAAUUUUUCUCCCCUAUUGUGUAUUCAAUUUUUUAAAAUUCAUACUCUGCUUAUUUUAGGCCUUUACGUAUGUAGUAACAUCAAUUAAAGGAUAAUUUUGGAAACUAUUUUUGGUUCUUAUAAAUAAGAAAACAAUGAAGCAUGUGAAUAAACAUCUAAAUGUUAACUUGUUGGGACCAAACUGCUAUGAUUUUUUUUUUAAACUUUUUUUUUUAUGUAACAGUUGAGUUUAGGGCCUUUUAAAAAUGAUUGUUUUCCUUUUAUGUCGAAAGUUAACAGAAUUAGCAUGGUUUAAAAAAAAAAAAACCAAACAACCAAACUACACCCUACUUUUCACCACUGUUUGUGUACACUGUUAGGCCUGGUGUGUGCUGGAGUCCCAAACUGCUUGUAGGCAUUUUGUGUAUCCUCUUUGCAGCUGGUUGUGAACUUGAGUGCUCUUUCCAAGGUAACAUAGUUUUCUAAGAAACUUCAGAAUUCUAGGUUAAAAAUAUAAAAGGAGAUGAGAAUUUUUCAAUAUUUUUUAUUAAUCUUUUUAUAAAAACAAAAGGCAAAUCCCUCCUGUGCUGGUUAAGGACGGCCGUUAUGGUGUCUUUCUUUUUAUCUUCUACUUAAAAAUAUUCUGAAGAAGUUUGCAGAUAGUUCCCUGGCUGAGUCAGUGAGCCCUCGUAGCAGGAGAGGCAUGUCCGUGCAGCGACGCUGAGUGUGCACGUGCUGCGACGCCACCGCUCUCCCUCUCCUCCAUCUCUGCCUCCCCUUCCCCAGGAUUGCUGUGCUGUUUCCCCACACACACCAACUAGAGUUUGGUUUGUUUUGACUUGAACAGUUCCUGUUUAGCAAAGCCCUGAAGUUUGUUUAUGCAAAUAAAAUACAAUAAAAUAAGUAGUGGGUAUAA